AUGCUAGCUACUGGGGUGACAUUCGCUGACAUUUCGUUCAAACAACUACCAGGCGUCGGUGGCGUUGGGGCUGCUUUUCUCUCCCAAUUGUCUCGCCUACCCAAUGCGCCGUCUCUCGUUCUCCUUGCCCGUUCUUCCCAGACAAUCACCUCGCCAACUCCAGCGUACAGCCCCGCAAUCUCUCCCGCAGACUGGCAGUCCGCCGAAUCUUCCGCCUCUCUAGUCAAAUCCGGCGCCUGGACUCCAGAGCAAAUUGCGACGUACCUCUCACAGGCCCCUGGACGCGCUGUUCUGGUCGACAAUACCUCUGAUCCCGCUCUCGCCAGCGCCUAUCCGCUCUUCCUCGGCAAGGGCGUCAGCAUCGUAACACCCAACAAAAAGGCUUUCUCCUCCUCCCUACAAUUAUGGAAAGAUAUUUUUUCCGCCGCCUCAAAGGGGAAUGCGCUGGUAUACCAUGAGAGCACCGUCGGUGCCGGCCUUCCCGUAAUUUCCACCCUCCGUGACCUCGUGGCAACCGGUGACAAGGUAACCCGCAUCGAGGGCGUAUUCUCGGGCACUUUGUCCUUCUUAUUCAACACCUUUGCUCCUGUCUCGGCAUCUGCAUCCGCUCCUCCCCAAAAAUGGAGCCAAGUCGUCGCUCAGGCCAAGGAGCUCGGCUACACAGAGCCUGACCCCCGAGACGAUCUAAACGGCAUGGACGUUGCGCGCAAACUGACCAUCCUUGCACGUAUUGCCGGGUUGGAAGUUGAAAGCCCCGAAUCAUUCCCCAUUGAGAGUUUGAUUCCUGCUGAACUCGCCAAUUUGGAAUCCGGUAGCGCCGGCACGGCUGAGUUUAUGCGCAGGCUAAGUGAAUUUGACGAGAGGAUGGAGGAUAUUAAGAAGAGCGCUGAAGCGGAGGGAAAAGUCGUGCGCUAUGUGGGAAGUGUCGACGUCGCUGGAAAGAAGGUCAGAGUUGGACUUGAGAAAUUUGAUAAAGGAAGCUCGAUUGCUGGGCUGAAGGGCAGUGAUAAUAUUAUCAACUUUUAUACGGAGAGAUACGGCGAGCGGCCUGUGAUUAUUCAGGGAUCAGGAGCUGGUGGCCCGGUAACUGCAAUGGGUGUUACAGCAGAUCUGCUCAAAGUGCUGGAGAGAUUGAGAUAG